AUGGGUGGGUCUGUGAUAGACAUAUUGAUUUUGAAGAAAUUCUUUCUAUUUUUACAGAUCCUCAAAGAAAAGGAACUGCAAAUCUUUCACAAUAGACAACAUUGCAGUUGCCCGAUACCUGUGCCUGGGCUCAGGGUUCAAGGGCAAGACCGUAUGAACAUGCUUUCAAACAAGUCAUGUGAGAACAUCACCAAUAUCGAUAUGAAAGGGAGUCCGGUGAUCAGCGCUGUGAUGUUCAUCGCUGGGGUGGUUGGCAACCUGAUGGCUUUGGCUAUCCUGGGAGCUCACCAGAAGGAGCGUCACACCAAGUCCUCAGUCUUCUGCAUUCUCGUGACAGGCCUGGCUUUGACAGAUCUGCUGGGAACAUGUUUACUCAGUCCACCGGUUUUCAUUUGCUAUGCCCAAAGAAAAUCCCUGGUGGGUCUAACGGGAGAUUGGUGGCUGUGCGGACUCUUCGCCUUCACCAUGUCGUUCUUUGGCCUGGCCUCUAUGCUCAUACUGUGUGCCAUGGCGGUGGAGCGGUGCCUUGCCAUCAGUCACCCAUAUUUCUACUCUAAACACGUGCGGCGCAGCUUCGCUAAGAUCGUCCUCUUCCUCAUCUAUCUCUUUACCUUCAUAUUCUGCUCGCUGCCAUUCUUUGGAUUCGGGCGGCAUAAGCAGUACUGCCCGGGCACAUGGUGCUUCAUCAAGAUGGUAGCAGAAGGAGAGAGUGAGGAUGAGGAGAGGAGAACGCUGACCUUCUCGCUGUCCUACUCGGUGCUCAUGGCACUGCUCAUCUCUGUUGUGUUCUUGUGCAAUGGUUCGGUCAUCGUCAGCCUAUGCCGCAUGCACCAGAGCCAGCUGACACGUCGGGGUUCGGUGAUGUCCGCUGGACGUAAGAAGAGGCUGAGCACCUGGUUUGGACAUGGAGAAGAGGAAAUGGACCACUUACUGCUGCUGGCCUGCAUGACCUUCAUCUUUGUCAUUUGCUCCUUGCCACUGACUAUCCGGGGCUUUGUGAACGCUAUAAGUCCGGUUGGGAAUGAUCAGCAGAACCUAAUGGCUUUCCGCUUCUCUGCAUUAAACCCCAUCUUGGACCCCUGGAUCUUCAUCAUCUUCCGUAAGGCGGUCUUCCACCACAUCCGUGCAUUCUUCCACUGCUGCUUCCCCAGAGAUACAGUGAAGACCACAGCACACUCCCUGUCCUUCCCCAUGGAGGCUGGAAAUGCCAAACACAGCUCAAGCAUCCAGACUAAGAUCUACUGCAGCCUCCCCCAGUGAGGCCUUGAUGAGUGACUAUGCACUUACGAUGGCGUGCAAUGAGAUAUAACAAGACAAUGAGACUUAGAAUCCUGAAAAGACUGACUGAAUGUAUCUAGUGGUACUAAAAACAAAAUAUAAAAGAAUGGAUGUCAAAGGACCUGUUUCCUCUCCAUUGGCAAUGGAGGAGAAAUAUUUUGUAAAUACGUGAACUAAUGCCCAUCAAUAAACAGGCUCUUCUGUGUAAGUAAACCACAGAAUUUGGUUCUGCAAAGAUGUGAAGGAAAGGAAAGAAACCAGUGUCAAUUUGGGGAACUGGCACAUACCACAAGUUUACCAAUAAUCACCAAGCAUAGAACAUCAUGAAAUUUGAGAAGAUGAAGUUGGCCGCCAACUUGCUCAGUAAUAGACCAAUGAAAGGGGAAGUUUUAAUUUAUAGCAGAGACAUUGGACAUAUUAGCAAAAGUCAAUAACGACAUGCAACCAAAAUAUGGGGUGGAAAACACUUUGCAUAUAUCACUUUAAAGCUUUAAAGGUUAACAUCCUUCUAAAAUCGACACUUUUAUGCAAACCCAAACUGCAGUGCCAAAAGUGUACGGUGUGACAAAAUAUGUGCUGAACGGUUACAGCAAGUUGUUUAGUAGCGGACAACCAAUCAUAUUGUUUGUCUCAUUAAAUAUUCAUAUAGCUUGGUUUGUUUUUAGAAUCUGAGGGAAACAGUUAAAGCAUCAAACAGUGAAAGCAAUCACAUUAACUCAUGAAGAAACAUUUCCACAGAAGUUAUUAAACAGCGUAUUAAUUAUUGUUAAUUUAUUUUUCAGCGAAUAAGCACAUUAGCCCACAUGUACAGUUUAAAACAAUUCAGAACCCUACUCAGAAGAAAUUAAUAAAGGGUAAUAUAGGGGUGGGUUAUAUUCAGAGUAAAUUUCCCUACAUAAAUUAAUCCACCAAUAGAUGGGUCAAUAUGCACAUACACGUCAUUCUAAAAUGACAACGCGCCCACAGCAGCAACUGUAAAAAUGCUGGACAUCCACACACCACGCCACAGCAUUAUCAACCAUCACAUACACCUCCAUAACAAUGUUCAUGAUUAAAUACUCGUCAAAUCAUUAAGCACUCGCCUGUCACUUGUAAAUAAAGUCUGUGCGUCUGUCAUUCCACGUCCCUUUACUCGUAUUAAAAAAACAAACAUGGCCAAAUAACUUGUUGUGUUCGGUGCUAGCUGUUAGCCACUCAUAGUUGCAAUCUCUGAAAUGGUGCACAAAACCGUUGUUAGCGAAUUACGUUUGAGUAGUUUAUCCUUUCUCAGUUAUUUCUCUUUUGUCUGCAAAAGAGCGCAUUGAAAAAGGCAGAUCGGCAACAAGGUCUGGUGUAGGCGCCGGCGACAGCGGCUUGGAAAUUCCCAACUAAACGCUGGGCACAGUUUUGCCAAAUUGGGUUACUUUUACAAUGUUGCUGCGAGUUGUUUUUCAUGUCUGCUAGUUGAAGCGACUUCAUUGACGUGAUAUUUAGCCCCUGCAAUGUGAAUUUCACCAGGGGAACCCCACCAAAAACUUGUAUUUUACUCCUGGAAUGCGGUUAUUAACAGGGGACGCCUCGAAAUGCGAUUGGGUGGGUUUUGUGGAGAAAACCUGGCAACCCUGGCUGGGGGAAGCACUGGGCACGUUGCUGGACUCAGAGGGCGUGCUGUUAUGGAACAUCAAAAUUUGAUUGGCUGAUGAUUCUGUCACUAAUGCUCGUUACAAAUCAGAUGCGACGUCUUUGAACAAGCAUCUGUAGUGCUGGCCCUGUUUUUAUACAGUCUAUGUGCUGGCCGCAGACUUUUUUUAUGUAGGAUAUUCCAGUUCAACCUCAACGAAACUAAUCAUAGGCCAUUUUGUGGACAUUACACAAAUGAAAAUGAUACCUGAAUAAUAUUAAUAAAACCAUUUUUUACACAAUUUUAUUUUUUAUAGGGCAAGCAGAGAAGGCCCUGCUGGCCCUGACGGCCCACAACUGGGUAUUAACUCAUGCUAGUUAUAAUACCAAAAUAAUUUUUGGGGUGUUGUUAAGAUGUGCUUUUGGAAGAGCGCCUUUUGUUGAAAAAUGUAAAAACUACAUUUCAUUUUUUUCAUAGUGGUACUUAAGAAAAGCUCAUUUAAUUUAACUGUGAUAAAUUAAUGUAAAUAAUACAAAGAAAUGUCUGUAAGAUAGCUUAAGGCUUAUAGCUUUGCAGUACAGGAGUUUCAGAUUGCACUGUAGGCAAAAUUGAAACCGAACGAUCGGCAUGAUUAGAACAAAAUUUAUGUGGAAGAGAUGGCUUUUAUGUUUUAUCUCUUGAUGCUUUAGCAUGUCAUGUCUGUUCAUGGUGUUAGAGGAAAGAAUUGUGUAUAGUGUAAAUAAAUUUGACCAUACAGUAUGUUUCCAAUUCAGCUGAUGUAUACAGUUUAAACUAUCCUAACACACUGCAUGUCUGCUUUCAUACCUGCUCUCAAAGCUACUAAUAUCACCUUAUAUGUUUCAUUCAAAUACAUGUAUAUCUGUCUUUACAAUACAUUUGCUUUUACCACAUAUGGUGUAUGAUUAUUGUAAACAUUUGUAUACUUUGUUUGAAGCUAUCUGCAGCUAAAACUGCCACUAUACUACACCGGUCUGUUAUAAAACACGGAUAAAAAAAACAGACAGUUUCAUUAUAUGCUUUACUAAGGUCAUUCUCAGUAACCAGUGCAAGACUAUUAUUUCAUUUGCCAAUGUUACAGUGGAACCUUAAAGAAAUCUCAUUUUCCCACAUUAGGCCCAAAUUGUUAUUGUUUUUAUUUUGUUAUAUAGUUAUUAGUUAUUUAUCAUUACUAGCCCUAAGGCUAACUGUAAAGAGGUACUUUAUUUCAACCUGAUCACAGUAUGUGUGUAAUUUAUUUAUUAUUUCAAUAAAUAACUGAUUAUAUUCUGGCAGUAUUCCUCAGUUUUGUUGUGCCUUGAAAUAAACCAUAAAUUACAAGACAAAAAUAAUAACCCAUACAAUUUUUCUUUUGUUUUAAUGCUGGUAUACUGAAUAUGUUUCAGGGUUGAAGUGCAAAAAUGUGUAAAAAUAGCCUUAGUUUGUUUAGCCUUUUUUAUGCAAAGAGUAAUAUUUUCAAAACAUAUUAUCAGACAAUACAUAAAGCAUUUUAGAAAACUACAUAUAGUAAAAUUAUGUUUUUAUUAUAAUAAAAGCAAAAAAAAAAAAAAAAAUAAUAAAUUCUGUUACAGAUGAUGGUUUGACUGAGAACAUUCAGAUUCAAGUAAACUUGUUUUAUUUUAAACAUGUUUACUCUAAAUAGAUAAAUCUAACAAAUAAUAUUAAUAAAUUCAGUAUCCUUUCAUGGGAUCACAUUCAUCACACAAACAACCGUUUUUCUUAGAAUGACCUAUUAACAGUCUGUAUAGUGUUCAGGAGGAUCAGGACGUUUAACUAAACUAACUAACUGUGAGGUCAAACAGUAUUGAUGUAGCCAGCAUAACAUGUUUGACAAAGUCUGUAGAGUGGUGGUGUAAAUUCACUUCCUCACCAUGUUUGGUAAAAGUGUGCAGUGUCUGCAUGCAUGAUGUGAAUCUGAUGCCUUAUCGUGAUAUGAUAUCAUGUUUUUAUGUUUCGUUGCACAGUGUUGUACAGUGCUUUGUGUACAUUGGAUUUGUUCAUGCAGUGUUGACUCAAGCUAGAAACAAUGGACACUUAGUAAAGAACACAACACCCUGUCCAAACAAA